AUGAACAACUUUGGCGUCAUCGAGCUCGCCAGCGCCAAAACGACUUCGGCUCCCGGAUGGGCCUACGUUCCUGAUACCGGCGCCCUGCCUGGAGCCAACGCCUUGCAACCGGCAAACCGGAAACGAGCUCGCAAUGCGCCCGCGGGCGUGACGGCCGGCGACUUGACGGCGCGGCAGGAGGCCAAGAUCCGGAAGGAAAUCGAAGCGCUGGAGAGAGAUGGGGGCAAGGACAAUUCGAUUCCGAUACCUGCAAAGAGCAGCAAAGCUACUGGAAAGUACACGCCAAAUGUUCGAAAGAUAUUACAGUCGCAAAAGACGUUUUCAAAUCAUCUGGACGAUUUCCUGGCUCUGCAGGCACAGGCUGAGGGCGGUCCAACAGCGGCAAGCAAUAAUCGGCCUACCAACACCAACACCAAACGCCCGGCCGGCAAACGAGACGCUACUGCUACACCUACUGCGACUACCAAGCUAUCGUCGGGCAUACAAGAAGAGGAUGUGAUGAUGACGGAUGCAAACCUGCCCCCGAUUUUGGUAGGAUCAUAUCGACCACCACCAACGGCCCAUCCUGGUGACAACGAUCCGCUCCUGGUAUCCCGUAUGCCCGAGGUGCCAUCGGAUGAAGAACUAAGGAAGCUGCUGGCUCACCCACCGCUCACAUACUACGAGGCCAGAGGCAAAUGGGAGGACAACUACCCCACACGUGUAUUCUGCGAGGUUUGCGGAUAUUGGGGACGGGUGCGGUGCAUGAAGUGCGGCACGAGAGUCUGCGCGUUGGAUUGUAUGGAGACGCAUAGAGAGGAAUGCGUGACCCGAUAUGGGUUAUGA